CAAAAUUGUAAACGAAAAUAGGAAACUUUUACCAUGUGACUUCUAAUCAUAUCUUAUUUGUAAUGUCUUAUAAAUAUAAAAGGUUUCUAGUGAUUUAAGAUUACUAAAUAAGUGUAACAUUAGAAAUUUCUUUCAUUUCAGUUCAUGAAAAUCUUGGACUAGAAAAUCUCUUUUCAUCUUAGUUAUUAAUGGUUCGCUUUACGUAAUGACUGCUGGUAGUAUGCGGUAUAUAGUAAAGUGUGACUGUGAAUAAAGAGAUAUAUAUGGUAAAUGAACAAUUUGUAUUAAUAUAGAAUACUUCCUAUUUGCAUAGGAAUCAAAUUUUUAUCUGGGAAGGAAAGGAAUUUAGGAGUUAUAGUGAAACAAUUACACAAUAGCAAUAAGGAAGUUCUUAUAGUGCAGCGGGGAAGAUAAAUGUGUCUUUCUGUUGACACGUUUAAUAAAUGUCCUGUGAAACAAGUGAAAAAAUAAACAUCAGGAUAUUUUACUAACAAGUGUUACUUUAUACUAUACAUGAAAUUGGCGAUAACAGGAGUCUAUGCAAAAUGAUAAGUCUAUUGAAGCGGAAACCUCGACAUGAUUACUUUACUGUGGAAUAUUCAGCCAGGUUCGAGGCAAAUACUAGUAUACCUACUUGGAAUGGUUACUUAUACCAGUUGCAGAAUGAGGCCCCAAAACCAAAGAAGAUGGUGUGUAAACGAGAGCCUGAAAGCAAACCAACAUACUAUGGGGGAGAGUAUCAUGGUCAGAUAUCCAGGGAGGAGGCAGAGGACAUAUUGUUUCAGGGAGGUGACGGUAGUUAUCUAGUCAGAAAAAGUGAUAGAGCACCAAAUGCAUUUACAUUAGCAAUAAGGUUUGAUAAACAAACGAAAAACUACAAGUUAUAUUAUGACGGACUACAUUAUGUAGGUGAAAAAAGAUUUGAGACUGUUGAACAAUUAGUUGCUGAUGGAUUAAUACAUUUUUAUAUCGAAUCAAGAGCCUCAGACUAUAUUGCAUCACUCUCAGAUGAGUCAAAUUACGCACAGUCGCCAUAUUUAGCUUACAGUGUUAAAAGGAAGAGGUUACAAAAAUCACGGAAAAAUGUUUCAAAUAAUCGAGUAAACCAGCCAGAUGUUCUAGCUAAUGCUAAUGUCUCCUUGAUGCCAUCAUCAAGAAAUUCUGUAAAAGAAACAAAAACGAAACAAAUUAUUGGUAUAAAACAUGUACGGAAAAAGCCAGAUGAUGAUGAUGAUGAUGUUGAUAGUCUAGAAGCUGACGGAGAAAUUGAUGUGUCCAUCUUUGAGAAACCUCAUGUUUUUAAAACACAUAAUUUCAUAGGGCUACACUGGUGUGACUUUUGUGCCAAUUUUAUGUGGGGACUGAUUGCCCAGGGAUCAAAGUGCCAAGAUUGUGGUUUCGAGGCCCAUAAGAAAUGUUCUGAGAAGGUGCCAAAUGAUUGUAUGCCAGAUAUAAAGUUUGUUAAGUCCAUAUUUGGGCAGGACUUGACUACAGUGAUAAAGGCUCGAAAGUCUCCUAUACCUAUCGUGGUGGAAAAGUGUAUAAAAGAAAUAGAGAGUAGAGGUUUAGAUGCUGAAGGACUUUACCGUGUAGCUGGUCUACAUGAUGAGGUGGAGGAAAUUAGAAUGGCAUUUGAUAAAGAUGGUGAAUGUACCAAUAUAAGCAGUGCGAAGUAUGAAGACAUCAAUACUAUAACAAGUGUAUUGAAGCUUUACUUCCGAUUGUUACCUAUACCUCUCGUUACCUUUGAUGGUUACAAGAGAAUUAUAGAGGGCAUGAACAAAGAAGAACUGAAGGAUAAAGUAUUGUUGGUGAGAGAAGGCUUGGCAAAAUUACCACCAGCACAUUAUCAAACCUUGAAAUAUCUCAUUAAUCAUUUAGUAAGGGUGACUGAGCAGAAAUCAAAGAACAUGAUGACAUCUGAAAACCUCGCGAUAGUUUUCGCUCCAACGUUGAUGCGAAGUCCAGACUCGGACCCCAUGUUGAGUCUCAUGUCCGUUGGUGCGGAACAGAAAAGUGUGGAACUUCUUAUCUCUCAGCAUAAAGACUUAUUCUUGAAAUGAAUGAUUAUGGUUUCUUAACAAUGGUCUGUUCAACCUUAUUUUUUAAAUAAACUCGUCCAUUUCGACUGAAGGGUUGAUGAAGAGGGGUCUACUUUUUACGUCAUAGGUGUUUUAAAGGCUAUGACAAGUAUGUUAUGGAUUUCUUCUGUUGAAACAUUUUUAGAUAUGAAGGACAAAAAAGUGCACAAAAUCUCCUUCAUAGGGAAGAUUUCAUGACAUUUCUUACAACUGAGAUAAUAUAGAAAUCUAUUCAAGUUUUGAACCAGAAGAUUAGAAAUAGUAUGGUAUAGUUAUUAGCAUAGUUGGAUAUUGAGUGGUAAAGUUUUCCAGCAUUAUAUGUGUUUAAAAGGAAAAUGAAUGGCAGUUAAUGAAGUACAUGUAUCAAAAUGAAUUAUUCUCAUUGUAGCAAAAGUUAGUUAUUUAUGUACAUAUUGAUAACGGUAGCAUUCUUAACAUCCUGAUGUUUGAAUCAUGGCAAUGACGUAUUUUUGUGUACAAAAAAUUAAACGUGAAGUUAUGUCAUAUUUUUGUGUACAUAAAUGUAAACAAGUGAAGGGUAAUGCAUAUAUGCAAUCAUUACCGGGCAGUAUUUAAAUCCCUAGCAUUUCAGGAAUUGUUCUUCCGCAUAAUGGUGUAUGUUUUAUGUCUGUACCAUUAGUAUAAUGUAGUAAAAAGGCAUUAGAAGGAAUUGUUAGGAAGAUAAUGAAGGGGGCAUCCUAGGCUGUGUGGUGAAGGUCGCUGACUUACCCCUCACCUCUGUUGGCUCAAGCCCCUCAUUGGUUGUCAUGUGAGAAGGUCAACCAGCUUGUCAUUCAGUGGUUUUACCCUGAUGUCCUUCUAUGCCUGAGAUAGUGCCCAAAUUGACAACUGGGGUCUUCUUUCAACAUAAAAGCUGGAAAAGUCACACUAAGAUCACUGUUGAUGUACCUUAAAUCCAAACAAAACAAAUAAACUAUCCUUUGUGUUCUUUCUGCUCCAAAUUGGAUCUUUUCCAUGUGUUACUCCUUUUCAUAGUAAGGCUUAGGAUUUAAAAAAGAUUUAUUUGCAAUUUUGCUCACUUUCAAAAGGAAACUGAGAAUAAACUUCAUUAUACCUCAUGUAUUUGAAAAUUGCUUUUCCCCAUAUUUAUGAAUUCUCAACCUGUCUAUACAUGCCUAGAAUUUGUAUGUGAAGCACCAAAGUCCACUAACAAUAUAUAACAAAUGGCAUAUUUUGUGUUCUUGCUUUUUGGAGAAUACAUAUUUAUUGACCGUUUUAUUCAUUAUUUUAUGGAUUUGCAUACCCAUAUUGAAUUUUAAGACUGCCAUGUUUUCCAUUACGAGUUUAUUUAACUUUUUUAACCUACAUUAUUUCAGCCAAAUAUUAGAAAAUGUAAGUGUUAUUCAUUGACAAGUCUGCUAAUAUGUUAUCAGGUGGUGGCUUGGUUAUAUAAGUAAAUUUGGAAACCAGUCUCGAAACUAACAUUUGAUUGGAUGUUAUAGAUCCAAGUCUUGAUAUUGACCAAUGAAAUGCUUUCAUUCUGAGACUUGUCAACAAAAGAUAUGUAACAUUGGAAUUAGGCUUUGAAAUUUUUAUGAAACCAUUUUGUCAAAUGUUCCUUUAACAUUAGUCAUUGCUGGAGUAGUUAGACCUUGCUUUCUAUAUUAAGUGAAAAAAUUAGCAUCUAUUUCUGAAAAAGAUUAGUUACUAACUUGUUUGUGAUAUUUCUUCAAAUAAUUUAUACUUCCACUUAAAAGUUUAUGCUAAACAAGUUUGUUCCAUAUCAUAAUGAAAAGGAUUAUUAGAUAGGUCUUAGGUUAGAUUUAUUUUUUUUGCAAAUGAAGAGGCCUGGUUAGAAAGGAAGCUGUUUUCAAUCCCAUGGCUUCUUGUAGCAGCUUACCUUUCUCAAGAGUCUAUUUCAGUGAAAUAUUAAUCAUCAGGCAUACAUGAGGAUGGUCUGUAUUUAUGUUUUACAUGUUGAUAUUUCUUCAGACAUAUCUAGCAAGAAUAUGAUUUCAUUGUUGUAAAUAACUUUCAACUUCUGUAUAGUAUGUCAUUGAGUAACCACUUCUUUCUGAGAUAAUAUGUGUUUUGGUAGGAGAUAUUGUGUUGCAAAAAGGGGAUGCAAGCAAGAACUGGUUAAAAAUUUCUCUCAUAUCAUACUGCAGUAAAUUUUCAGCAUGUUCAGUUGUGGACAAAUUUAGGAUGAUUUAGGCCAUUUGUUAACCAUGCCCAAAGUACUGUUUAAAGAAGCAAACAACAGAACUCUAAAUUAAAGUUGUCAUCAUCAUUUCUUUCUUUAAGAGGGUCAUUUUGGCCAAGUGGUGAAGGGCACUGAUUUCAAACCUCUGCAGGUUGCAGCCCUGAUUAAUCCAUCAUGUCAGGAAGCCAUCCAACUGGCUGUUACCCAGGUGCUCACUUGUGCCUGAAAUGAUGCCCAGGGCGAUACCUAGUGUCAUCCUCCACCAUUAAAGGUGGAAAGUUGCCAUAGAACCAAAAUUCUGCCAGCGAGACUACAAGCAAACAAAAAAUAUCUUUUGUAUAUUUCAAUUAUGGCAUGGCACAAUAUCAAUUAAUAUGAUUAUGGAGAGAUUUUAUAUAAAACUAUAAUUAUCUCUUUAAAACCCCAGUAUAAUAGGUUCAUACUGUAGCAUGCUAACACACAAAUUGAUAUUUUAAUACAUAUUUUUUUUUUUAAUAUUUAUGAAAUAAAGCUAUAGGAAUUCAUUUUAUGCCAUGAUAUUUUGCAGAUGAGAUGAAACAAACAUUAACUAGUUUUCUUGCUUGUCCACAUCUCUUUACUUUUAUUUGUGUAAAAAUAGUGAUCUGUUCUUGUGCAAUAUUUUCUAGUAUUUUUCUUCCAUAUUUUUUUAUGUUCUGCUGAUCAAGUUCUAAGUGCUGAUUUGUAUUGGGUUGGAACAAAAACCCCAUCAUCUGAUUGGUUGUUUAUGACCACAAAUUUAAAAUUGACCAAUGGCAAUGGUGCAGUCUGGGACUGGUCUCCAAACUACAGUUUAUAAUCUUUGGUUAUUACUAGCGACUUUUAAAAAAAUAUCUGUGCAUUUUGUGUUAUAGGAAUUAAACGUUUUGCCACUAAACAUAUCUUUACACACUUUGAAAGCUUUUUAAUGCAUUUCAGUGGUAACUGAAGAAAUUGCAAAGCUUCUAAGGGGAAAGUUUUUAGUUCAGCUUUGUAAUAAAUUGAUGUGUUCUGUUUAGACCACAAAGUUUUGUUAAUUUCUGAAACAUGUAAAUGGAAACCUUAGUUUAGUUUUAGUCAGCUUCUGAUUUGAGCAUAUAAACAACUAGUCAGAGCCUGGGGUUAUAAAACUGUAUUUGGGACCAGUCUAAAAUCUCUAGCUUCUGAGCACAAUUUUAAAAUGGACAGUUAGCAAGGCUUGCAUUAUAAGGCUGUUUUCAAUUUCAGCUUUUAUUACAUCAAGGCCCAGGAUUUUAUUUUAUGCAGUUUUUCAAACUUUAUUUGAGCCACGCCAUGAGAAAACCAACAUAGUGGCUUUGCGACCAGCAUGGAUCCAGACCAGCCUGCGCAUCUGCGCAGUCUAGUCAAGAUCCAUGCUGUUCGCUUUCAAAGCCUAUUGUAAUUAGAGAAACUGUUAGCGAACAGCAUGGAUCCUGACCAGACUGCACUGAUGCGCAGGCUUGUCUGGAUCCAUGCAGGUCGCAAAGUCACUAUGUUGGUUUUCACAUGGCGCGGCUCAUUUUUCUAAUUUGUAUGUUUCAGUUCAUCUUUCUCAUUCUGGUUGAUUUUAGUUGUAAUUUUUGUUUGUUCUUUGUUUUCCUUGACUGUUACAUUUGUUAAGUUAUACUUUCCAUUUUAAUUUUGUUUCUUUAUAUUAUAAUCCAUAUCAUCUAACUUGAAAGAUUAUGUGGCACCUGAUUUAUUGUUUGGAACAUUUUUUUUGUGUGUUCUAAGCAUCUAAACUACAAACAACAAUUUUAUUGAGCUGUAAAGUCACAGUUUCGAAUAUAUUAUUUUUAAGCAUAAUGUGGUCUUUUUGACAAUCUUAAUAUUAUUUCAACUUCUUGAUUUAUCAAUGUUUUUUUUUUUUUAAAAAAAGGAAAUUACCUGACAAUUAAAUGAACAAGGAAUGAAUACUGGGAACUUAUGUAUUGCUUUAGAGGUCAUACAUUUCAAGGUCAUUAUUUGUUUGUUUGAUGCUUUAUUAAGCAUGAAUUAAGUGACUUUUUAUAUUUAUUCAUUGCAAGUUUAUACAAAUCUGCUACUCUUCAGUCUUAUACCUUUAGAACCUAAGUCACUAACUCAGGAAUCAGAAAGAACCAAGACUUUCAGUAGGUGCACAUAACAUGCCAUUCUACAUUAAUAGCUGCUUCUAUAGAAGUUUUCUUAAAAUUAGAAUAUAAUACUACAUGUACAUUAGACAAUGCUAAAAAUGUCAAAAAAGAGCAAAGAAUCUGCACAUCCUGUUAUAUAAAUGCUGUCCUACUGUAGGUUCCUGUAGAUCUAGGUUUUUCUUUUUACCUGCACUUCAUAGAUAUUCUGCCUACCUACAAGGCCACCGUGUUAAGGCAUGUAAAAUGAAUAGAGUCUUUGUUGAUGCAUAGAAGCUUUCUUUAGAAUACAUAGAAUAUAAUACUACAUCAGACAAUGUGUGUUGCUAUCUACACACAACUUGCUACUUUAUUGUAAAAUGGGCAUUCUUAUUCGACUACAUGCAAUGUAUUAGUUUUACCUUUUAAUUUUGUUGCUAUGCACUUAGCUAUUACCAAUAUAUUCCAUUUUUAGCUCAUCUGAUUUUUUGAAAAAAAAUGAUGAGUUAUUGUCAUCACUUGAGCGGUUGUCGGCGUCGGCGUCUGCGUCGGCGUUGCCUGGUUAAGUUUUAUGUUUAGGUCAGCUUUUCUCCUAAACUAUCAAAGCUAUUGCUUUGAAACUUGGAAUACUUGUUCACCAUCAUAAGCUGACCCUGUAUAGCAAGAAACAUAACUCCAUGUUGCUUUUUGCAAGAUUUAUGGCCCCUUUUGUACUUAGAAAAUAUCAGAUUUCUUGGUUAAGUUUUAUGUUUAGGUCAACUUAUCUCCUAAACUAUCAAAGCUUUUGCUUUGAAACUUGGAAUACUUGUUCACCAUCAUAAGCAGACCCUGUACAUCAAGAAACAUAACUCCAUCUUGCUUUUUGCAAGAAUUAUUGCCCCUUUUGGACUUAGAAAAUCAGUUUUCUUGGUUAAGUUUUAUGUUUAGGUCAGCUUUUAUCCUAAACUAUCAAAGGUAUUCCUUUAAAACUUGCAACACUUGUUCACCAUCAUAAGCUGACCCUGUACAGCAAGAAACAUAACUCCAUCCUGCUUUUUGCAAGAUUUAUGGCCCCUUUUGGACUUAGAAAAUAUCAGAUUUCUUGGUUAAGUUUUAUGUUUAGGUCAACUUUUUCUCUUAAACUAUCAAAGCUAUUGCUUUAAAACUUGCAACUCUUGUUCACCAUCAUAAGCUGACCCUGUACAGCAAGCAACAUAACUCCAUCCUGCUUUUUGCAAUAAUUAUUGCCCCUUUUGGACAUAGAAAAAUCAUUUUCUUGGUUGAAUAUUAUGUUUAAGUCAACUUUUCUCAUAAACUAUCAAAGCUAUUGCUUUAAAACUUGCAACAGUUUUUCACCAUCAUAAGUGGACACUGUACAUCAAGAAACAUAACUCUAUCCUGCUUUUUGCAAGAGUGAUGGCCCUUUUUAGACUUAAAAAAUCAUGGGUAGGACAAUAUUUCUAUUAUACAAAAAAAAUCAGAUGAGCGUCAGCAUCCGCAAGGCGGUGCUCUUGUUUAUAUUUUGAUAUGACCAAACAUCUUUUUUUUUUUCAUAUUAACACGGAGAAAGUAGCAUUAUUUUCUGAAAUAAAUUUGAUUUAUAAUAAAUUUAUAAUUCAGCGUCGGGUAUUCUAAGGUAUUUUUUUCAAAAAUGAAAGUAGAAAACAAAAUAUGAGUAUGCUGCAGUUUGCUUAGAAUGGUCCGUGUGCCAGAUUGUUUGUAAAAACAUUCUGUUUUGUGGUGACAGUUUUCAUGUGUACAUCACAGGUGUUAGAUAGAUUUUAGGGGUGUUUUUUUUAGAAAUGAAAUUUUGAAGGAAUGGUGCUUUAUGAUACAGUGUGUUAUAUAAGUAUUCAAUUACUUAUUGCAGAAGAAGUGCUUAACUAAUAUAAAUUAUUUACAUUGCAUUACUAACCAGCUUUCAAGGAAGAGGGAUUUUGUUAUAUGUAUAGUAAAAAAUCAAAAUGCAAACAGUUUUAUCUUGGUAAUAAUGCAUUCCAGACAACCUGUAUUUUCAAGAUUUUUUCCUUGAAUAAUUACUUUAACAGAAAUGGUCCCGAAAAGGGUUGCCUUUCUGUAAUUUCACAUUUUCAAUUAUCUGUCAAAGUUUAGUUUUUUAAAACUGAAGGGAAACAACUCUGUCAGACUUAAUUUAUUUUCCUACAUUAUUUGUGUGACCAGUAUAAAGGACCACAGUUUUUCCAUCUUAUAUUGUUUCAUUUUAUUUUGUCAUAGAAAUUUGCAUUAAGCCCAUGUUUUUUAUGAAAAUAUAUCUUUUCCAGGAAUAUUUCACAUAAAAAAAUGGAAAUUUAUGUCACAGUUCAUUAUAAUAUCAUGAAAAAUUUCGCUGUAAAGAUUUGAUGUACAUACACGAAGAUAAAACAUUAGACAGGACUAAAGUGCAUUUUUUUCUGUCUGUUUUUUUGUUUGUUUUUUUUUUUUACAAAAUUUAUGAAUUUGAUAGGGGUAAAAUUUCGUAGUUUCGACAAAAGUUGCUUUUAGUAUGGACAUGAAUUCAUCAGUAAAUAUGAAUGUGAAUUGUAUUAGUUUGUGUGGAUUUAACCCUAACCAUGCUUGACACGAUCGAUUCUGCCUUUGUGACCAGUGCAGAUCAUGAUCAGCCUUGCAUGUCCAUACAGUCUGAUCAUGGUCUGCACUGUUUUGCCAUUCAGUCAGUAUCUUUUUGGUAAGCACUCCUUUUAACAGUUAAUAGUACUAUCCAAAUUGAAAGAUGGACAGGUUCAUUAUAGAAAUUUAGCUGUGCAAGGGUAAAUUUCGUUGAUUGAUGCAACCACAAAAUCCAGGAAAGUUUAACUACCAAAAAUAAUAAUGAUUUCAUGGCACAUAAAUUAACAACCUAAAAAAACAUUGACGCAAGGCUGACUAAAGGGAAGUUACUCUAAUUGAGAAUAAAGUUACAGAGAAAUAGACAUUUUAAAGAGAGAGAUUAUUUCUUGACUAUUUGAUAAUGUACAUUUAAUCCUGUUAGUUUAAGAUUUAUUUUUUUAUACAAUAUUCUGGAUUGCCAAUUUAAAACAAUGGUGACAGCCUUUAGCAGACACUUUAAUAUUAUGUUUAUUCUGAUUACAGAGAGGAGAAAAUGUCAGAAUUAUACUGUACAUUCAGUAGUUUUGUAUAUGAUAAUUAUGGUAAGCUUGCUUGUUAAUUAUGCUUAUUGUUUGUUGUUAAUGUAGCAAUAAUUCCAUUUGGUUUCAUAGUAUUAUACAUGUAUAUCUUAAUUGUGUAACAUAACAAGUUAUCAUUUGAUAAUGUAAACACUGUGUAUGUUAAUGAGAAAUAAUGUGAACAUCAUGUCACAUUUAUUAUAAAUAUCAUGGUCAUUGCAUAUAUACCUCUUUUUGGCAUCAUUCAUUAUUUAAUUUCAUUUUGUCUUCUGUUUUCAGUAACAGGUUCAUUGUAUUUGGUAGUUGAAUGAUUUAAAUUGUGUUUAUUUCUGAUUUAAAAAAGAAAUCUGAACCAAAGGUCAAGGAUGAGCAAUUGCGACUGUACUGUGUCUGUCAUUUGCGCCUUUUAGGAGCUUCCAGAGUGAAAAAAAAAUGUAGACAUCUUUUUAAAUCUUCCUAAGAAAGGAAAAAACUCUGUAAAUAGCAUUUUCCCAAGAACUGCUUCAUUUCUUGACAGAAAAAUUAGUAAGAGACAUAUAAAAAGGAAAAUUUUCUGGCAGUUAUUUUACAUUUAUAGAAACAUAAAGUUAACUUUCCAGAAAACUUCGCUGCCAGGAAUUGUAAAGUAAUCCUUUGGAAUGAAAUGUCAAAUCCAAAACCCAUAGCUCAAUAGGGAGAAUGCAGAUCUAUGUAUCACCAGAGUUUAAAGAUAUAAAACUUGAAGGAUGUUCACCAGACUUUGACAAAAGCAAGGUCUGUAGGUUAAGGUUCUUUCUCAGGUGAGCAGGUUAUGUCCAUUUAAGCCUCUUAUUAAAAGAAUUGAGUUUUUAAGAUAAUUAAAAUCGAACAAAAUACAAUUACUGCAACUGAAUUGUUGACAUAUAUAUGAUGCAUAGAUAUUGUACUUAUUUUGAUUUUGAAAUAAAUUUGUUUUAUAUAAAAGUU